GGAAGAGACGUGGCAGAGAAGAGUGGGAAAGGGUUGUCUAAGGAAAAAGAUAGUAAACCAGCUGUGCCGGAUGGAAACAGGAGGGGAGAAUAGUGAAUGAAGAGUGCUGGCAAGAGGGAGAGCAUUGGGGCGUGAGGCCGCUGUGUGUAUAUAGCGCUAGGCAGCAGGUGUCCCUGUCAUCAUGGGGCUGUGCAAAUGUCCCAAGAGGAAAGUGACCAAUCUAUUCUGCUUUGAGCACCGUGUAAAUGUUUGUGAACACUGCCUGGUGGCCAACCACGCUAAGUGCAUAGUCCAGUCAUACCUCCAGUGGCUUCAGGACAGUGAUUACAACCCAAACUGUCGUCUGUGCAACACACUUCUCUCCUCCAAGGAAACUGCACGACUAGUUUGUUAUGAUUUAUUCCACUGGUCCUGCCUUAAUGACUUGGCAACGCAGCUGCCUCCAAAUACAGCACCUGCCGGAUACCGAUGUCCAAGCUGCCAGGGACCUGUUUUUCCCCCAAGCAACUUAGUAAGCCCUGUGGCAGCAACCCUUCGAGAAAAGCUCUCUACUGUCAACUGGGCCAGGGCUGGCUUAGGUCUUCCUUUGAUUGAAGUAGCAGAGCCUGUAGAUGAUACAAUGUCACAUGAUGAAACGGAUUACAGGGACUGGUCAGUUGUUAAUUCAUCCAGUGAUAACUUGUCAGAAACCCCAGAAACAACAUCCCAAACUGGCUAUGCUUACAACUCUGUGCCCACUAGUGUAGCACAACAUAGUUUGAAUGUAAACAUGUCACAGGACCACGCUGUUACUAUUCGGGACACAGGAUCUGAUAGCCUUACCAUAAAUGCAGGAUCCAGUCCCCGAAAAGUUUAUGACACUCGAGAGACUGCCAGAGGCCAAGAUGCUGUAAUUGACUUUGAUGACGAUAAAUACAGAAGGAGACCUACCCUUAGCUGGCUGGCAAGGAUACUCCGAAACCGAUCAGGUUCAAAGUCCCGGCCAGCCUCCAGCAUGCAGCGCUUUCUGGUUAUUCUGAUUAUUGGUGUUCUUGGGUUUUUAACCCUAAUUCUACUAAUGUCUAAACUGGGCAGAGCUUCAGCUGAUAAUGACCCAAAUCUUGACCCUCUCUUAAACCCUCAUAUCCAUGUUGGGAAGGAGUAGUCAAGCACGCCAAAACAAAUUGAGGACAACAAAGUCAAAUCAGCCCCAUUCCAUACAUAUAUAUAAGUAAAAGGCCUAGACAAUAUGAUAUUGUCAGGUGGGAAAGGAAGGUUUCUGAAAGAUUUGACUGACCUUCCCCAAAAGAGAAUCUUCAGCCUUCAGCUUGGAACAUAACAGUGGCUGUAGAUUUCGCUUCUACAAAGGACUUUGGAAUCCAUUAUUAGUCAAAAAAGAAAGAAAAGCCCUAUUAAGACAUCAGUGAACAUUGGCUUUAGAAGAAAACAGAAAUAAGAAAGAUGGUGGAUGUCUUUAUUCUGUUUACAGAGGCCACAGCACUUAUGUGUCUCUUAACAGUUUUAGAGCUGAAGUGUGUUCUGUAAGACUUGAGCACAUUCGUAAUCCAUUAGUUAACACAAUAAAAGACUUCUCUGUAUAUUUGAACUAUUAGAGCUGCAAAGACAUACUCUAUGGUUAUUUUUCAAAUUAAACCAAAAUUAAAAGUAACAGAACUAACUUUCUCCUAAUCACAUAUGUGUGUUUGUAUGUAAAAUGGGAUGUGUAUCAUACAUGUUGUAAUAUAUUCUUUUAUAUAUGUUUCCAAAUACUGUUUCUCUCAGAAAUUCAGACCCUUGUUUUCUUUCAAUGUUUAGUACUGUCUAAAACACUACAGGAAUUGGAGAAUGCAACAGGUUAUGUGUUCAGUACAUUAACAAUGCAAAGAUAAUGGGCAUUUAUAAAAAUACUUUAUCUGCAUGUGCCCUGUUUUAGUACUCUAGGCCCCAGCUCUCAGGAUAUUCACCUUUUAAAGCUACAUGGAUAAAACAAUAUAUUGAAAAGGGACACUUAAUCAUCAGUAGGCUGAUGCAUAUAUAUGCAGGAGAAUAUUUAAUUUGAAAUUAUAUCACAUUAGAAGCAUUAAGUUAGCCAUACAUAGGUCGAUAUUGUCUACUGACUCGGCAACUCCUUAGUUGACAGAUUUAUGACCCAUGUAUGGGACCAGCCCAAUUGAGCCAACUAUGUGGCUGGUCAAAACAGGCACAGAUAUCAGCUCAUCUGGCAAGCUUAUUUAGCAAGCAGGUCUUUUUCUUGUACAGCUAGCUCAAAUUAAAAACUGCCUUACACCAAGUUCAUUUUAUGCUGCCCUCAGACUCUGAUGUAUUUUCUAUUUCCCUUACAUUGGAGAACUUCAAGUGUCCCCUACAAAGGGGCACCUUCACCAAAAAAAAUUUCCUGAAAAAACAUUGCGACUAAUAAUAAUUAUAUUAUUAUUACUAAUAAUAUUCAUGCAAAAAGAUUUUUUUUCAGUCAGAGAAUGGCCACCCUGUUGAAAACACAUGAUUUUUGGAGGUCUGGUUGGUUGAUUGGAGUGCGUGUGUUUGUAGUCAGCAUAUCUGGCUACCUCUUCUUGAAAAUAAUGCUUUCUAACCUUGAGGAUUGCAUACAUUUUGUACAUGUACUGCUUUAAAUGUAAUCUAAGUUGCAAUGUUGCUACAGACAAUUUCAGUGGUUUUAAGUUUUUUUUUUUUUUUUUUUUCUUCAAGUUUCAGGACCUCACAGCUCAUAACUAGCUUACAAAUAUAGAGCUUCCUAUGAGAAAACAAACACGUAGAAAGAAGAAUUUAACUUACAGCAUAGAGCUAAAUUAAUGGCACAUAUAAGUGAGAAGUUGAAGGCCAAAAGUGCAGAAUUGUGGCUGCCGCAAGGCGCAGCAUGAAACUGACACGUGCGUCUCAGACAGAGCAAAACUGAGCAAGAUGUAUUUAUCUGCUUAAGGGCUCUUACCCAUGGGUGCUUUCUUAUGCAUUUUACAUGUGAUUGCAGGUUUGAAUGCACCUAAACACAGCAGUAAUUGAUUCCAUUAUAUAUAUUUAGCCUGAUUGUACUCGUGUGCAUUCAGAGUUUGAUUUUAUGGCAUUUGUGGGUUUUUUUUGCUCCUUUUUUAGAUGCCACGUGCUGCAUUUUUUGUGCCUGAUGCACAUUCAGGAGACAAUAGAAUAGAGGGUUGUGUUUAAAAUCUGUCAAAAAUGCACAUUGGUGUGUUUAAAUACAUAUACAGGCAAUACAUGUGUUUUUAUGCACUCAGCAUGUGUUUAUAAAUACAUGAAAAAAACAUCCAAACCUUUAUUCCUGCUUCUGCCACCUGCAAUUACAAUAUAGUUCUGUAAUUCUACAAUUUUGGAACAUGGCUAAGGGAAAAGGCUUUUGGGGAUGGAAACACCAGUGGCAGAUGAGUCCCAUAAUACCUUAUGUGCAGGUUGCUUCAUAUGUGACACUGGAGCGAGCAUUGUAAAAAAAAAAACACCAUGGGCAGCGUGCUUUGUCAACACUACAAUGCCAAGCAUCUCCCUGUGGUUCAAGGUGCUUCAUUUAUGACAAUCAAAAUAUUUGUUACUGAGUAAUACUUCUCUGUGUGAUAUCAAAAAUACAUUUUAGGGUUCAGUUCUCUUUUACAUUUGGUUAUACCAAUUAAAAUGUACUAAAAGAAUGCCUUCUUUCCUACACAGUUCACUUGCAAUCUAAAGAAUACACACUGCGUUGUAAUAUGUUGUGAAAAUCUGAUUGUCUAAUUAUUUCAUUUGGGAUCUGCUAAUUAAACUUAGCUGGAAUAUUUAUUUCUGCAGUUUAAUAAAGUUUGGAGAACUGUU